AUGUACGGGAACCAUCAUGCAGAAGGCAGCAACGGCUGGCCUCCGGCGAGAUGGAAGGGCUCGGACGACUCGGACACAGAACGCGACUACCGCUCGACCACCCGCUCAGAGGCGUCCUCUUCACGUACAGGCGUGCGGGGCAUGAACGGCCUCUCCGACCCCGACCUCCGGCAUAAUGGCUCAAUGACAGACAUCCCCGACGUCUCCCCCAUACACCCAUACUGGGCGCGAAGCGACAUCUUACCUGUGAUGAUUCCCUGGCGUGCGGCUCCGGGGAAGAUCAAGACGGCCCAUGCCGCUCUUGUCUUGUGUCUGAACAUCGACGUCGAUCCACCUGACGUCGUGAAGACCAAUCCCUGCGCGAUUUUAGAAGCCUGGGUGGAUCCGCACACCAUGCCGUCCAUGAAAGCGAUCGAGGUCAUUGGUCAGAACCUACAGCACCAGUUCGAAGGUCUCAACCCGAAAAUCACUUACAAGCCCGUCCUGGAUCCCUCCAAGGACGACUUGAAGAAGGUCUGUGUCACCGCACGCAAGCAAGCCGUCGAAGAUGCAGUCCUGUUUCACUACAACGGACAUGGCGUCCCGAAGCCCACUCCCAGCGGCGAGCUAUGGUGUUUUAACAGGAACUAUACCCAAUACAUCCCCAUCGCCCUCCAGGAACUUCAGUCGUGGCUACGCUCUCCCUGCAUCUAUAUCUGGGACUGCUCUUCUGCCGGCAACCUUCUCACGUCGUUCGUCAAAUUCGCGGAGCAGCGGGACAGUGAAGCCAAGCUUCAUGGCGGCGGGUAUCCAGAAGGUGCGACGCCCUUCUCCGAGUGCAUUCAGCUCGCCGCUUGUGCGUCUGAUGAGCAACUGCCGUCAUGUCCGGAGCUCCCUGCGGAUCUCUUCACUUCCUGUCUCACUUCUCCGAUCGACAUCGCGCUCCGCUACUUCCUCUUCACGAACGCGCUCCCUAGCCAUAUCUCUCCAGACCAAGUCAUGCAGCUCCCCGGCGACCUGAAAGACCGUCGAACACCUCUCGGAGAGCUCAAUUGGAUCUUCACGGCUAUCACGGACACCAUCGCAUGGACUACCUUCCCUCGAGAAGUGUUCACACGUCUUUACCGCUCCGACUUGCUCAUCGCUUCGUUAUUCCGCAACUUCCUUUUGGCCGAACGCAUCAUGAAGAACUACCACUGCACCCCACAUACGUAUCCUUCACUCCCUGCUACCAAUACGCACCCGCUAUGGGCGUCAUGGGAUCUUGCCGUGGACGCCUGCCUUCGCCAGCUUCCUGAACUGCUGAAGAAUGUGGAGCCCGGAGUUGAGAAGGAGCUUUCCUUGGGCGCACGCAGCCGAAGGCAAGGCUCUCAGUCCGGUGCCAACGCAAGUGGAGACAAGAGUUACAUCUAUACACCGAGCAGGUUCUUUACGGACCAGCUCACAGCAUUCGAAGUGUGGAUAUCUCGUGGCGGUUCGGCUCUCACCAAGCCCGGCCCUCUUUCCCUUCCCAUUCCUCUUGACCAGUUGCAAGAGCUUGAAACACCCGGACACCUAGCGCCUUAUUCCAUCAACGUCGACACCGAGCACCAUCUUGUACCGCGAAAACCUCCAGACCAGCUCCCCAUCGUUCUCCAGGUCCUUCUCUCGCAACCCCAUCGACUGCGCGCCUUGAUCCUCCUCUCGCAGUUUGUCGACCUCGGACCUUGGGCCGUCCACUUAGCCCUCACCAUCGGCAUCUUCCCCUAUAUCGCUCGCCUCCUGCAAGCGGCAGGACAAGACCUGAAGCCUGUCCUUAUCUUCAUCUGGGCGCGAAUAUCGGCGGUCGAUCCGAGCUGUCAGGUUGAUCUUUACAACAACCAGGGGUACAAAUAUUUUGCGUCCGCUCUCUCCGGUCAGGACGACGCUCGCCAAGCCCAUCUUCCCAACGGCUCAGAGCACAAAGCGAUGUGCGCAUUCAUCCUCUCGACUAUCGCCCGCGACUACGCCAAUGGCCAGAACGCAUGCUGGCGGGAACGCGUGUUUGAUUCCUGCUUCGAUCAUCUCGACGAAGGCGACUUCCUCCUCCGCCAGUGGUCAGCGUUAUGUAUCGCGCAAAUUUGGGAUGCAAAUGACGAGAUCAAGGUCUACGGUGUCGACCGCGGGAUGCAAGACAAACUCAUCGCCCUUCUCUCUGACGAUUCGCCAGAAGUACGAUCCGCCGCCCUUUACGCUCUCAGCACAUUCCUUGGCGCAUCAGGGUCUUCGGAUCUGGAAAAGCUGGGAGGCGGAGGGAGUGGGACGAUGUACCAGCUGGACGAGCGGAUACACUUCCGGAUGGAAGUAGCCGUAGUCACAGGUGCGGCCCUGGCUAUCAAGGAGGACGCAAGCCCCAUGGUGCGCAAGGAGCUUCUCGUUCUUAUCAGCUGCUUGGUCAAGGAAUGGCGCGGAUACUUUAUUGUAUGUGCGUGGAUCUACUGGGAAGAAGACCGCCGGUGGAAAGAAGGCGAGGAGACCCAGCAUCCCGAUGAUGAUGUCGCCGCAAUCGCCGUCACCGAGUGGCUCGACAGUUUUGCCGACGACGAGGACUACAGAGCGGAGAACCGUGUACUUCUCUCGUCGUUCUUCACCAUCUUUUCCAUACUGCUGGAGCUUUCGGUGGACCCUUACCAAGAGGUCGCCACGCAAGCCCAGACGAUCGUCGAUUACACCAUGGCUCUACUCUUGGAGUCACCGUUCACUAGGCUAGACAACACAACACUCUCUUUCCCACCCGCUCAGCACACCUCGAAGAAUGCUCUGAACAGCUCUCGGCACCGUGUCUCGUCAAACACCUCUGUUCAGUCAACACAGUCCUCAGCCGGUGGUCCACCUCGCCCACAGCUAACGCGAAGCGAGACGAUGACCAGCACAUUCUCCAACGGCGUCUCCAACACCCUCCGCCGAACCUCGUCUUUCGCCAACGUGCUCAGGAAUUUGGCUGGGAAUAUCGCAUUCCCUGCUGGUGAAGAGGGGCGCUCUUCUCCCAAGCCGCAGAUCGCCGUGCAGGAGCGUACAGAGAUCGUGGAAGGCGUCUCUCGUCCGCCAUCUCCCAACCUGAACUUCGCUCAGUACGCAUCACCCUACUCCCGUCCAGACAGCCCCCAUGAAGAGUACCCCGGGGUGUCACGAUCGCCUGUCGACUCUCCCCCAUCGACGAUGGACUUCCUUCCGAGCGACGUCAUGGAGGCGCUCAUGGAGGAAGACAUGGAACGUCUUCGCGCAAGGCGGCGUGUUUCCGACAGGAGACACAACGGUCACCACGGUCAUCAUGGCGGCGGACACCACGGACACGAACCGCAUUUCAGCGGAGGAGUCAGCCCAUCAGGCAGCACCUUCUCCGUGGAUUCUAGCGUCAUUCUAGGGCUUGGGACAGGCGUCGGUAUCCGUGACGUGUUGCCGCUGAAGAGCCGGUUCUACGACUGGUGCUGCGAGUACUUCAAGGAGCCCCAGAUGAGACAACCAGAGGUGGACGAGCCGGGAAGCGUGCAGUACAACUAUCAGGUGUGGCGACAACAGCGUAACGAGCACGUCAUGGAAGAUACGGAGAAGCAAGCUCGCGAAGCCCCGCGCUGUCGAUGGGACCGGCCCGUCAAGACAAUUCAGAUCAAGGGCUUACCUCUUUCUCUUGCAUUCCACGCUUACGACCCCCACCUCGUCAUCGCAAACGAGGCCGACGUGAUCACUGUCUGGGACUGGAUCAAGGGCCAAAGGCUCAACCAAUUCUUUAAUGGAAACCCUCGAGGCACAAGCAUCACCUCCCUCCACAUCAUCAACCAAGAUGUCGGAGGGAUCAUCCUAGCUGGUGCAGCGGAUGGCAUGAUUCGCCUGUACCGCAACUAUGAUCCCAACCUUUCGGUUGGCCCGGUGCAGAUGGUCAGCGCGUUCAGAGGGUUGAAUGAGGUGAUCCAGGUUCGGCGCGGCAGUGGUAUUGUCACGGAUUGGAAACAGUCCAAUGGUACACUCAUGGUCGGCGGAGACUCACGGAUCGUCCGGGUUUGGGAUGCGCACACAGAAAGCCAGGUCAUGUCCUGUCACGCCCUUGCGUCUGACAGUGGGAUAUCGUCGACGUUCCUGGCCAGCUUCGCUGAUGGGACAGUCAAGUACUUCGAUCGGCGGCUAGAAGAAGACGACGCUGUUGUGCGGUCCUAUCAUCAGCACACAUCGUGGGUCCAGAACGCAAAGUGGCACCCAACUCUCGGCGCCCAUUUCAUCUCCGCAAGUUUGGAUGGUGAGGUGAAGCUGUGGGAUGUUCGAGGCGGUGAUUCGCCGUUGGACACUUGGGAUGUAUUCCCCCAUGGGUUAUCGGCAUUUGACGUUCACGAAGAGACCGAAGUUUUCGCAGCAACGUCUUCGCUCUCCGCAUCCAACUGGCGCGCGCAGCGCACGGAUGUGCAGUCGCUUGCCUCACAUCGCAGUCUGGGCUCCUUGACGACCAGCCUCUCUAUCCCUCCGCCGCGCGAGAACGUAGCGCCCUUCACGCCACGGACGAGCAGCCUCAUCUUCCACCCACGCGAGAUGGUAUACGGCGCCGGUUUCUGGGACGGAUCUGUGCGUAUAAUGGGAUGCAAGCUCCCAUCAGUAGUGUAG